UUUUGCCCCCUCCCCACCCCCCCCACCCCUAUUUUUCCCCUCCCCUUUUCUUAAAACUGCGAAACACGUGGAACAAGGUUUGAGGUGAAGGAAAAGCAACGGGUGGCGGUGGUUGGCUGGAGAGACGGAUAAAGCGGCCACUUCUUGCUUGUAGCCCCUCCAUCGCGCACCUACAAAUGCACUCCCAACACCUUUAGUCCCCCUUUUUUUUUUACAUUUCUUUCUUUUUUAAAAAAAUAUAUGGUGUUUAUUUUUUUAAAAAAAUACAACAUUCCGCCCUUCCCCCUUUUUCCCCACUUCCCAGCACCAGCUUCACCAAGGACACUGGUCUAACUGUUUCGCCUGGACAGCAGUAGCGGCGGCAGCAGCAGCUCUGACCUUUCGCACUGCGGAGAGAGAGAGAGAGAGACCCCCCCCCCACUUGCCUCUUGGUAAGCGAGCGAGAGAAAGCGUCCAGCCCCUGAAGGAGGAACCCGAGCCAUGAGUACGAAAAGUGAUGAACCCAAUAAUAAUAACAACGAGGAAGAGGUCCGCACCCUUUUUGUGAGUGGGCUUCCCAUGGAUAUUAAACCCCGUGAGCUUUAUCUUCUCUUUCGGCCAUUUAAGGGUUAUGAAGGGUCACUGAUCAAGCUAACAUCAAAACAGCCGGUUGGUUUUGUUACAUUUGAUAGUCGAGCUGGAGCAGAAGCAGCAAAGAAUGCAUUAAAUGGCAUUCGAUUUGAUCCAGAAAACCCUCAAACUCUCCGGUUGGAAUUUGCAAAGGCAAACACAAAGAUGGCUAAAAGCAAACUGAUGGCAACACCCAACCCCACGAAUAUGCACCCGGCCUUGGGGGCACACUUCAUUGCACGGGACCCCUGUCCCCACUGCUGCCUCCCACCACCAUGCUUCCUCCAGCCGUUAGGAUGGGAUGCUGAUCACGGAUUUCUCCAAGGCCAGUCAGUACCACCCCACAUGUGGCUGAGAGAUGACCUUGCAGGAACAGCACUGAUCCCUGCAUCUCCAGAGGCCUGGGCUCCUUAUCCACUGUACACAACAGAACUGACCCCUGCCAUUCCACAUGCUGCGUUCACCUAUCCUGCUGCUGCUGCUGCAGCUGCUGCACUUCACGCUCAGAUGCGCUGGUAUCCUCCAUCUGAAGCUUCGCCGCAAGGAUGGAAGUCCCGUCAGUUUUGUUAAGUAUUUAACUGCCCCUAUCCAAGAAUUCAAGUUUCUCCAUGGAGUGAUGUGCAAGGACAGACUGGAUUUUGUUUUCGGGUUCAAGUUGCUGAAGGAGAUUUUGGGCAACUAGCUCGCUUCCACUCAGCUUGAGGAGUGGUCACCUGAGGACUGUGGAUUUAAAGAACUUUACUGGUGAAUUAUCAUGUGGGAGGAUCUAUAACCUGGCAGUCUGAUCUAUCUAGUGCAAGGACCAGCAGUAAAAUGGCACCCCUGCUGUGAAACUUCAAAAUUAAAGGCCGACAUUGAUGGAACUGUGAAGUACAAUGACUGGCACAUGAACAGCACGUCUAAUGUAUUUUGUCUUUUGUAAAUGUAUUUUGUAAAUGCAUCCAUUUGGUCUUGGUGUUUGACCUUUGCCCCUACUCCCCUUUUCUAUAGACCGGGACUGACCAUUUUGCGAAGGCAGUUCCGCAAAGUGGAAUUGAGCUGUUACCAACUAAAGAUCCUCUCUUAAGAGGAGGCUUUUAUCAUCAGAUUCUUUUGUCGUUGGAGGGAUCUCCAUGCUGACGCUUAAGGAUGUCCACCAGUAUACUUUUGAAGUUGCCACAGCCUAUUUUGUUUUGUUUAGUGCCCUUGGAUUGUUAACUCAUCUCUUCUGGAGAAAACCUGUCUUGCCAAAUAUCAGCUGUUCCUGUUAAAAGUAUUUUGAACAAUAUUGAGUACAAGUAUUUUUGUACUGGUGUAAUGAAGAAUAUUUAUGCAUCAAGGAUUUUUGUGCAAUUAAAAUUGUAACCUGUAUUAUAACUUAAUGUUAGUUCAGUUGUGUUUUGGAAAUGCUGAUUAUAGCCCAUAUGGUAGUUUAAGAAAAGGUGCAAUUGUAUUUUUUUGCUUACUUGGCGUUAAGUACUUAAAGUAUUAAGAGUGUGGUUGUUUUGCUUGUACAAGGACUGCAAGAUUUCAGAUGUAAGUUGCUGAUCCUUCUAGAAUGUGAAACUGGAUUAUAAAAGACCGAAUGUUAAAUA